GAUUUCGCAUUAGUAUCAAACAAAGACCACAUGUUGACAAGAUCGAUUGAGCUGGACGAGCCGGAGGUAGGUUUAGAGGGACUCUUGAUCGGGCUGAGUGGACGGAGUGGUCAGUUAAUGGGAAUCUCACAGUUGACUGUUAAAAAACAGUGACUGCACCAGAUCACCAAAUCAACGCAUUUCUGCCUUCACCAUCACUUCCAGCAUCGAGACCUUCUUGUACAGUGAAGGAUGAAUCACCUGUCUUUGAGUGAGCUAUGUUGCCUCUUCUGCUGUCCACCGUGCCCAAGCAAAAUCACCUCCAAGCUGGCCUUCCUUCCCCCAGAGCCCACGUACAGCUUAAUGUGUGACGAGAGCGGCAGCCGAUGGACCCUCCACCUCUCGGAGCGUGCAGAUUGGCAGUACUCUACCCGGGAAAAAGAUGCCAUUGAGUGCUUCAUGACUCGGACAUCUAGGGGGAACCGUAUUUCUUGCAUGUUUGUGCGAUGUUCUCCCAACGCACGCUAUACGUUGUUGUUUUCCCAUGGUAACGCUGUAGACCUGGGUCAGAUGAGUAGUUUCUACAUUGGCCUGGGCUCCCGCAUCAACUGUAACGUGUUCUCCUAUGAUUACUCUGGAUACGGGGCAAGCUCAGGGAAGCCUUCAGAGAAGAAUUUGUACGCUGAUGUGGAUGCAGCCUGGCAUGCACUACGAUCAAGGUACGGUAUCAGGCCAGAGAAUGUGAUCAUUUAUGGUCAGAGCAUUGGCACGGUCCCUUCAGUUGAUCUGGCCUCUCGGUACGAGAGUGCUGCGGUUAUCCUCCACUCCCCUCUGACCUCAGGCAUGCGGGUGGCUUUUCCGGACACCAAGAAGACGUACUGCUUUGAUGCAUUCCCAAACAUUGAUAAAAUCUCUAAAGUGACCUCUCCGGUGCUGGUGAUCCAUGGUACAGAGGAUGAGGUGAUUGAUUUUUCCCACGGACUGGCCCUGUACGAGCGCUGCCAACGGCCUGUAGAGCCGCUCUGGGUGGAGGGGGCCGGCCACAAUGACGUAGAGCUGUAUGGACAGUACUUGGAACGCUUGAAACAGUUUGUAGCCCAUGAACUUGUAAACUUAUAAAUGGAGUUUAAGAUUAGGACUCACCUUACUUCAUGAACAUGCCCCUGAUGCCCAGUUAGCAACUGUGAACUUGACUGCAUUAUCUCCGCUGUUUUUUUUGUUUGUUUUUUGGUAGUUUUUAAUUGAGUUGCACUGCUCAGUGGUAUAUACAUGAUAGGAGUAGUGUCCUAAAUGCCUUUUUUUAGGGGUGUAUUUGUGUACAUGGUGUGAGCGACAGGUCUGAUUCAGUGGUCUGACAUCAGGUUCUGCUUGUGUCUUGAUACUAUGUACUAAAGAAUCAAACCCAUUCCAUUUAAGUCAGGUUUUUGUCUUUUGAUUUUGCUGUAUGCAUGUUGUAAGACCAUGUGCUAAACAAUGGAGUACUGUACAAACAGAUGCAACAUUCUGACACAAACAUUUGCCAUACAGGUGAUGCCAAAUACUCAGUAGAGUUAACCUUGAUACAUUACUGUUUAAAAAUUUCUGCUUAAAUGUGUACACUCUGUAUGUAAUUUCCUUUUUAUUUUAGUUAUUUUUCUAUUUUUUUUCUACAAGGCCACACACUUACUCUUCUGUACAUGAAAAUGUAUUAUUCUCUGUCCUCUGGACAACAUGAAAGUAGUAUCUGUUUUAACUUUCAAAUAAAGAAACAGACUUUGAAAUAAAGAAACACUUAAUUGCAGCUUGUAAAAGCCACAACUGAACUCAAUAUCCGUAUUUGUUAUCCACAGAUGACUAAUUUUUGCACCUUUUUAAAGAAAAUAAUCCAUCAGAACGGUCGAUUACACGAAUAACGGUGGGCACACUGAACACAACUCUUGAUUCUGUAUGGAAUCAUUACUUUAUUUUAUUAAAAAUAUAAUUUAUACUGUCUUGUCUGUCAGAUGAAACACAUAUACAGAAAUGCAUACAACUUUUUGUUGUUUUAUGCCAUGAUAAGGCUGUUACUGCUUAAGUCAUGCAGUAGUGAUGUCUGAAGGUUUCUUUGGAUGAUUUAAGUUUCACUUUAGAGAAACACCGACAUGGUGAUAUGAGUUUGGAUGGAUGUGAUUAAUGUCUUAUUUGUAAGGAAACAGAACAAUGCUCUUAAAUAGAUCUUAGUACAUCUCAAAUAUUAAAAAUGAAUGUCGCCAUGUUCCACUUUGUAAAUAACUUUUGUUUGUUGGGUGUUUUUUUUUUUUUUUUUUUUUGAAUGACUGUACUAUAAAACUGAUAAUAAUGCAAUUACACAUGUAACUUGAUUUUAUUAUAUUAUGUAUGGCACAGAAUACAUUUUAACUGGCCAGACUGAAGCACAAAAUGAUGUACUUCGAUUUGUCCAGACUUGUUGUUUUAUGUCAAACACCAGUUGUUUAUGAAAAUUCAUAUACUGUAUGUAAUAAUUAUCUUGACAAUAGUUUUAAAUAAAAAAUGGAAAUAAACAUGUAUCUCAAACUAA